AUGGCAGACGCACACGAGCAGCCCGAGAGCUCCCCUGCAUAUUCUGGGACUAUCAGGCUCAAUAAGAGAGAGCUUGAAAAAAAGGUCGACACAUUUUUGGACGAAGACGAGGAGGAGUACAACUCUAGGAAGAAAGCUUUCCUCGAUAUUAUUCGGGAAGAGACCCACCGUGAGGGUAAGAAUGAGCAGGAAAUCCAGGUCCAUAUAUAUGCGGCCGAAUAUAUUAUGGCGAUAAGGCGCCAUAGUCGAGCUAGCUACCUCCGCCUCGAACUUCAAGAAAAGAGGAAGAUCGAGAACGAGAGGAUUGAGAACGAGAAAGCCGAGGAGGAGGAGACCGAGGAGAAGGAGACCAAGGAGAAGGCCACCGCGGUCAGAGAGAAGGCCAUCGAGGCCAGUGAGAAGGAUGUGAAGAUCAUGGCACCCACGGCUGCAAUAGGCAAGAAACGAGAUUUCAUGACCUAUGGGGAAGCUUCAGAAGCGGCCGGGCGUAAGAAAGCUCGCGUGGGUAUGAGUAACGAGGAAAUCCAGGUCAAGGAGGUGCCAGCCACGAGAGAGCCAAACAACGACCUAGGCGUCACGCACCAAAUCUCGUACCCGGCUGUCCUCGAGAAGUUCGACAUGUUUUGGUACCAGGAAGCUGAUAAGCUCCGAAAAGCCGAGAUGGGAGUUCUCGCCAGGGCAAAGAAGCUGGUUUUGGACGAGUUCACCCUCUUGAGGGAUGAUACACCUCAACCGAGCGAUCGUUCGACCGUUGCCAGAGGAAUAAUGAAGCUACAUCAACAUAAAGAAUUUCGGGAUUAUAAUACCGAUGAGUUAAUGAGGUAUUUGUAUACCCUGGUGUAG